CUUCAUUCUACACUUCUAUACCGAAGUACAGAUACACAUGACCGUCAGAACGGUUUUAUCGAUAUCGUUCCUUAUUAUGCCACUAUGAUUUCAUCUUUUAUGAUCCGUUACAGUACUAUACUUAUACCUUAUGGUUAAUUGCUAUACUAAUUUCGCAGAAUCUUGAUAAGUACAGUACAUAAUCGUGCGAAGGAAAUUUCUUACGUCCGAACUAUCCAAUAAUCCAAUCAUCCCUGCCGUGGUUGGUUUGUGUUAGACAUAUUCGCAGCUAUGAACGCGGUGUUGGCGCUUUGCCACUUUUGUGAGAUGCACGGACCCAGUGUGAUGAUGUGUACGCAACCGUUCCCGCGGGACGGUGCAACAGAAGUCGAUUCUCGAACGACGGACGAAAGUACGGAAGAACGACCGGGACAGACAAAACGCUUAUCGGUUUCGGAGAGCGAAUCUGAGUUGACUGAAUCUGACACCUUUGAAGCUCAUGAUUCAUUUGGAACCAAUACGUGCGCGGCAUGUCGGUCGUUCGCGAAACCUAACCAGGGAUGUAUGACAGCCGAUAAGGAUGGGGAUGUGUGGUAUCUGACGCUACAGUACCCCUACAAUCCCGAAGUGUUCACGUUUUUACGGCAAGCGUGCGUCCGGAGUUUGAGCAGCGAGAUAUCCCCGGGAAGAGAAGGACCCAUAAUGUUUGGCGAUAAUCAUCAUGGUUAUGUUUAUUGCUACACAUUCUAUUUGAAAGACAACGAAGCACGUGGGCUACAGCGUUGGUACAGCAUUGUCGUGCUGUCCAUGGAUAAGUUAUCCCUAACCCAAUCAUGGCCAUUUUUAACGCGCUCAUCGCGGUCUAUAGUUGCACAAAUGCAGGCUUUGGCGGAGAAGACUUUCAGUGUGGAUCAGGCGGAAAGACCGCAACGUACGGCGCGAUUAGGUGGGGCAGGUGCCCUGAACCCGGAGAACUUCCGCCGGCAGCGCCGAGGCAAAGUGAUGCGCUCGUUGCCAGAACUGACUUCUGAGCCGAAUAUCUUCCACUGUUUGCAUGAACAUUUUACCCACAUGCUGCAGUUGGGUGGAAAUCAAAUGAGCGAAACGUUAUUGGAAGGUUCUCCUUCUUGUUCUUACAGUCAUCGAGAAGAUGAUUUCGACAACGGUUUGGCCGGUAUCAACAACCACAGCCGGCAAGGCUCGCUGAUGGAAAACGGCCUGGACAGUGCCAUGUCAUCUCCUACUUGGGAAUCUGAAAUAGACACUUCCUUUCCCCGCUUCGAGGGAAUUGUUCAUAUUUAUCGGGUGAUGGGGAAGGUAUCGUUUUUGAAACUCGCGUAUCACAUUACCAUCGGGAAUCAGAUCGUAGUGCGCGGAUUUCAUGAUUUCUUGAUCUCUUCUGUUAUACGAGCCAUUGAGGUAUUGAUUCCUUUUGGUUGCCGAAGAAGUAUUCCAUUCUCCAGUACGUACGUGUUGUCCUGGAAUUGCAACCUGCUGGGAUUGCACCCCGAUGCAGCCAUGCCAGACGAUAUUUUGAGUAGCCCGGAUUAUUUUGUGGUGGAUGUUUUGGCUGCUAAGAUGAAUGAAAUGAAUGUGGAUAAAUAUAAGAUCAUCACGCCGAAUGCGGCCGUUCCAAAAGUUAAAUUGCCCACUUAUUUAUCCCGGGUGGAACGAAUCUUGGAAGAGCCCGAUAUUGCCGAACAGGUUGCUGUCGCUUUGAUCGCUAACGAGCAGGAGCGCAUGCUAAGCAAAGCCAAAGUGUUAUACAAGCUCUUUCGAACGGAAUCUCGCAGUGCUGAUGAACUUCCGAUCAUCAUGCAGAAGCUCCACAUAGCAGAUGAGGACAAUGGUGUCAUGCGAUUCUGGAUGACCGCACUGAGCGAUGAAUACAAAGGAUAUUUAAAAGAAUUGUCUUUUCCGCACCCGGCUGUGAUAACUACCAAAUCGAAACAUCCGCCUCCAGUAGCGAAAUCAAUUCAGGCGGCCAUGACCGAGGAUAGAGGACUGCUUUUACGUAGAAGCGGGUCAUCCAAGGAUACGGCGGCGUUCAGUGAUGUGACUGUCCGAAUGUAUCCUGGCAGAUCGGGUGUUAAAUAGAAGUAGCCGUGCCUUGGCACAUUGUGAUAACGAUUUAUAUCCUUUUCAUGGAGCUUUAUGACUUUUUAAUGCACUCAUAAAUCGAUAUAAAUUCUCUUAUGAAGUAUUUUACUAAUGUAACAUUAUUAUUUUUACUGAUAUUAAUCUGACAUUAUGAUAGUACAAGUUACAGUAAAUGCAAACAACAAAUGC